AUGCGCCAGAUGUCGUUCCCGGAGCACACCGGAGAAGGUGAGGAGCCCUGUUGUUAUUACCAUCCCGCUCCGAUGACUCGUCCGGGGACAAAAUACCGCCAUUUUCGCAUGACGAACCCCUCUGCUCUUGGACGGCGGAGGAAUGCAUCACUUGACAGUCCGAGUACAACUUUUCUGUUGAGCCAGUCGCAUUCAUCUGAGAUCACACAAGGGAAGCUCAAUGAAGAGCAACCUGGGACAACUGGAGAUCCCGGAUUGGUGUCGACUUCUCCCAAAACCUCGCCUGGAACAGAUACCCGCCCAGUAGUUCCGUCUACAUCUAGGCUUACCAUAGCAACCCACUACCUCAUGGUCCUAUAUGCGUCUUAUUCACAUUACAGGGACCUCAUUUUCAACUAUCUUGACCGCAGCCGAUCUUUCGUCAUCCCUCGGCCAUUACUAUUCGAGCUGUUUUCGACUCUGUAUGAUGAUAUGAAAGCAGGGGUGGAUCUUCACUCUGACUUAACCCAGAACACACGCAAGUCCAUUCCCUCCAUAUCUGUAAAUACCACUGUAGAGGAGUUUUGUGGGUGGUUUAGAGGAACCAAUCUUCGGUGGGAACUUCUUGGGGUUGUUUUCGCCCUUGCGGGUCUCGCUUCGGUUCAUACUGCUGAGCCACAGAAGCCACUUAGCUAUGAAUCUUUUGCUACGGAUAUGUACACAGCCAGCAGAGCAUGUAUCGAGAUAUGUGAAGAAUUUAACCAAUUGAACGACAUGACCACUUGGUUGCGGCAUACAAAUGUUGCUUUAGCAUCAAAUUUGUUUGGAGAUACAAGCAGUAUCCUAUACCGUUGCUUCAGCUCAUUAACUGCGGAGCUAUUCGCUUUGAGAUAUCAUCGCCAGAUGUCAUUGCAGUCUGAAGUGCCUUUCUUCAUGUCUGAAACUCGCAAAAGGCUCUUUGCUGCUGCAGUUUGUCGAGACAUGAACCUUGCAACGCUCCUUGAAAGGCCACCAUUCAUUGACUGUAACUUCUGUGAUAUGAGAUAUCCACUUGAUCUGGAUGAAGAAGAGAUAGUGCUGGUUGGGAGUGAGCUUAGUGCAGCCCUACAAAAUUUGGAUGAGAGCGGUUGGAAGACCUCCUCCGAGAGGGAAAAAUUACUUCGACCAGCAACAGGAAUACGAAUCCGUUUUGCAUUAUCAAGCCUUCGAGCCAAGAUACUGCGACUAUCACUAGGAAACCGGAUGGAAUGCAUGACCAAACAGCACCUAGAAUUAUACCAAGAUUAUGAAAACAUUUGGGCUAGAGUCCCAAUGAAAUACCGCUAUAGGAGUGAUUUAUGGGAAUACCUGAGCCCGAGAUCAUGCGUUGUGCUCUUGAGUGCUCAUUUAGAUCAUCUUCACUGCGGCUUUCAGAUCCUACGAAUGCUCCAACAGGAAGGUCAAGACACACUUACAGCCAUUCUGGAUACUUCAAUGGGAUUGCUUUCAGGCAUGCUUGACUUGAUGAAGCAACAAGAGCGAUUCGUUGAGCUGCGAGAGAGGUUCACAUGGAUCUUUCUGUUUUAUGGUCUUCCUGGUGCCGGUACUCUUGCUACGGAACUUCAUCAACACACGCUCAAGGGACUCCCUUUGCCUACCUCUAUUCCCUGCUCACGUAUAGUCCGUGACUUGAGUGUUGCGAUCUCGUGGGUUGAGAAACAGAACUUGCCGACCCGCUCAGAUUACCAGCUAUGCCUUCAAAUCAGCAAGGUAAUCAGUCGACUUUUAGAUGAUACCCUGAAUCGGGGUCUAGUACCAGCGAAAAAUACCAAUAGUCAAUUGGAGAAGGUGCCGCAAGAGCAGCAGGUGCCAGAAGGCUUUCACAUUGACAGAUCUUCCAACAGUUCGGAUAAGUCUCAGCCAUUGCCCGAGCCAUUUACUAGCGAGGACUUUCUCAACUGGAUUGAUGAUCUGGGACAGCUGGACCGACCAACCCGAACAGUUCCCCACGCCAAAUCCACCGGGCCUGUUGACGUUGACCCCGUUCGGCUAUGUACCGCACUCGCAAUAUUUCCUGAUAGUGUCAUGCCGGUUGAUCGAAGGCAAGCGGCCGUCUUCGUGGGGGCAUUCGCCCUGCGGCUUCUUCUCUUGGUCCUUUUCCCGUCGCUCCCCGACUUGUUGACCGGAAGAGUUGAGGUAUCGACACCGGUCAGCAGCUUCAAACGACUUCAGGAGGGUCUCUUCCUAUACACGCGAAAUGUUUCCCCUUAUGACGGAGGUGUCUUCCAUCAGGCACCGCUUCUUCUCCCUAUCUUUGCCUUGCUUCCGAACGCCAGAGAAUUUCCUGUACCAACCGCCCUUUUCUACUCAUUGAUCGAUCUUAUAAACGCGAACGCUUUGAUCACGAUAUCCGAUUCAGGACAGGCAGUCUCGGGGAGGUUAUUCUCAGCAUUGCGGAAACAUAUCAAAUGGGACGGGGUUUCUGUUGCAGCAUGGUUUCUUUUCAACCCGUUUACUAUCGCAACCUGCCUUGGCCGUUCAACCGCCGUCUUUACCACCACCGGAAUCCUAUACGCACUGUCUAAUGCCGUCAGCGGAAAUAGUCUCAACGCCAUGCUUUCCCUAGGAUUCGCGUCGUACUUAUCGAUUUACCCAGCUCUCUUGUUCAUCCCUCUAGUGCUUCUCUGUUACGACCGACGUGCUCAAGGACCAAAGCCACCAUCGGGAGUCGCCAUCUUCGCCAUGCAGCAUCUCGUAAUCUUUUUGCUUAGCAUAGCCGGUCUGCUUGGAAUUUCUUGCUUGAUCGUUGGAGACUUCUCUCAAUUUAUCUCUGCGACAUAUGGCUUCCAAUUACUGGUCCCUGAUUUAACACCUAACGUCGGCCUUUGGUGGUACUUCUUCAUCGAAAUGUUCGACUCGUUCCGAGAAUUUUUCCUUGGAGUUUUCUGGCUUCAUCUGGCGGCAUACGUUGGUGGCCUGACCGUGCGACUGCGGAGGCAACCUCUAUUUGUUAUCGCCUCUCUAUUGGGAAUCUUUGCUGUCUUCAAACCUUACCCUAGCAUCUCAGAUGCCUCGUUAUACUUCGCCCUCUUGCCUCUUUAUAGGCAUCUUUUCCCUCUGAUGCGCUACACUUUCUUCGCGGUGUCAGCGCUUUUGUAUGCCACCCUUUUGGGCCCAGCGUUCUAUCACCUAUGGAUCUAUGCUGGCUCCGGCAACGCCAACUUCUUCUACGCCAUCACCCUGGUGUGGAGCUUAGGGCUAUCGAUAUUACUGGCAGACACCAUUUUCGCCGUGCUCAGAGAUGAGUGGGAGCAAGAAAAUCCCGAAAUGCGCGGCAAAGAGGCUAGACAAAUUUAAGAUAUGGUAUCAUUCUUAUGUAUAAUACAGCGGCCUUGAUACGAACACCAUGGUGUAUAUCAGUAUUUUCCAACAGUUAUCACCGGUUAGACCGUAACGACUUAGACAGAAUCAUAUAGUCCGGCUCCUUCACCAUUCCGUUUCGUAGUAUGCGAGGUGGUGGGGAAUACUCAUCCUCCGUGAAGC